AAAUUAGGUCUCAUUGGUUAAAAAAAAAAAAGAACACGAACAAAAAAAGCGAUGCCACCAAGGGUUGUGAAGAGAGGAGGAGGCGCCGCGAGAAGAGGCGGAAGAGUCACGAGAUCAGCGGUCAAGGCGCCGAUUGAAUCCGCCGAUGAAGAAUCUGUCAACAUCGGAGAUACAUCCGUCUCCGACGCUGUGGAAGCGAAGGAAGAGACAAUAACGGAGGUGGAGAAAUCAGCUGAGGAGGAAGAGAAUCAAUUAGAUGGAUCGAAGCAAUCUGAUUCGUUGGAUGAUUUGGAAGCGAAUCCAGAUGACGUUGCUCCGCCGCAAAAAGAGAGUGUUGAUGAUUUGGGGAAAGAUGAAAGAUUGGAUUUAGAUGACAAUGAUCCAGAGUAUGAUGCUGAUGAGUAUGGUGGGGAGGAGUUUGAGGAGAGGGAGGAGGAUCAUGAUUUGGUUGAUCAGGAGGAGGAGGAAGAGAUGGAGGAGGAGUUUGAGGCUGAGGUUGAAGGUGAGGAGAUUGGAGAUGGUCUUGAGGAGCUUGAGAGUGAAGGUGAAGGUGAUGAGGUGCAUGCUGAUGAGGAGGAAGUCAAGCUUGGAGAAGCUGGCGAUGUGGAAGGAGAAGAGCAUCGUGACGUUCUGGACGAUAGACGUAAGCGUAAGGAGUUUGAGAUCUUUGUUGGGAGCUUGGACAAAGGUGCUACGGAGGAGGAUUUAAAGAAAGUGUUUGGUCACGUUGGGGAAGUGACUGAAGUUAGGAUUAUGAAGAAUCCACUGACGAAUAAGAGCAAGGGUUUUGCUUUCCUGCGUUUUGCUACUGUGGAACAGGCAAAACGGGCUGUGAAGGAGCUUAAAAACCCAAUGAUCAAUGGUAAAAAGUGUGGUGUAACUGCAAGCCAAGAUAAUGAUACCCUCUUCAUUGCUAACAUAUGCAAGACAUGGACACUAGAAGCUCUGAGGGAGAAGCUGAAACACUAUGGCGUUGAGAAUAUGGAUGAGAUUACUUUGGUAGAGGACAGCAACAAUGCCAACAUGAAUCGAGGAUAUGCCUUUUUGGAAUUCUCAUCUCGCUCAGAUGCCACAGAUGCUCACAAACGCCUCCUAAGGAAAGAAGUGAUGUUUGGACUUGAAAAGCCUGCAAAGGUUUCUUUUGCAGAUUCCUUCUUAGAUCCGGAAGAUGAGAUAAUGGCGCAGGUUAAGACUAUCUUCAUUGAUGGUCUGUCAACUUCAUGGAGUGAAGAGCAUGUUAGAGACCUUUUGAAAAGAUAUGGUAAACUUGAAAAGAUUGAGCUUGCACGCAAUAUGCCAUCAGCCAGGAGGAAAGAUUUUGGCUUUGUGACUUUUGAUACUCAUGAGGCUGCUGUGACUUGUGCUAAAUCCAUUAACAACUCAGAGCUAGGCGAAGGAGAGAACAAAGCAAAAGUGAGGGCACGCUUAUCUAGACCACUUCAAAGAGGAGGCAAAGGUAGACAGCCGAGUCGCUCAGACCACCGGUCUAGCCAUGGGAGUAGACGAUCUGGAAGGAGUUCACUGGCUCGCCUGCCACCUCGUAGCUCUAGAGGAGUAGGACCUAGGGCCCCACCUCCUAGUGCAAAGAGAUCUAGUGGAUCAAGAGGAAGACGUCCACGACCACCUCUACCUCCACCUGCAAGAGCUAGGCCCUCGAGGCCCUUGCCACCACCUGCAAGAUCAAGGCCCUUACCACCACCUGCAAGAGCAAGGCCCUUGCCACCACCUUCUAGGUCAUAUGACAGAAGACCUCCAGUUCCUCCGUAUCCAAAAGCUAGCUUGAAGAGGGACUAUGGUCGGCGUGAUGAUCCUCUUCCUCCAAGAAGCAGACCAGCGGUGAGCUAUAGCUCCAGGCUUUCUCCUGAGAGGCAUCUGUCUUACAGAGAUGAUUAUGCACCUCGUGGGUCUGGUUAUUCAGAUAUUCCUAGAGAUUCUUCUCGCUUAGAAAUGAGGAGGCCGUACGUGGAUGACCUUUACAGUCCAAGAUUUGAAAGACCUCCAAGUUACAGUGAAGGGAGAUCUCGUGCUUAUGAUGAACCUCUUCCUGGAUCAAAGCGACCAUAUGCUGCACUGGAUGACAUUCCUCCCCGUUAUGCUGACGUUGAUGCUCGUCAUUCAAGAGCUCGUCUGGACUAUGAUCUUGGCCCAUCUCAAUAUGGGGAAUCGUAUGGGGACCGGGUACCUAGAUCUAGCCUAGGAUAUGGAAGCAGCCGAAAUGCAAUGACAAGCCAUGACUCGCGUGGUCCAUAUAGCAGUCGUCAGGGAAUGGAUUAUGGAGGAGGUUCAUAUAGUAGCAGUGAUGUAGGAGGAAUGUACUCAUCAAGCUAUGGUAGUGACAUGCCACCCAGAAGAGAUGUAAAUUCAAGCUAUGGUAGUGACAUACCACCCAGAAGAGAUGGAGGAGGUAGCUCGUAUUCUACAGUGUACUCAAGUCGUGGAUUGAGUGGUGGUAGUUACUCAGGUGGUGGUGGUGGUGGUCCAGGAUCAUACUACUAAAAGUUUCGCGAGGAAGAGGAGGUUUGGCGAUGCAAAGUUAUGCAAGAGAUAAGCAAUUGGUUGCAAAGCUAUAUAAGCCUGGGUGACUGUUGGAAUAGAGAGUAGUAAUAAUGGGAAAUGAAUUCUUGUUUUAAGUGGCUUGCAUCUUCAACUGCAUUUGUAUUUGAAUCUGUUUUAGAUGGUCUGACAAGCUUCAGUUAUUAUAUAAAGAUUUUUUUUAUUUUAUUUUUAUAUAUUGGGAAUCAUAUUUGAUUUAUUUAUGAAUUGAUUAUUUUAUCAUUUACUUAUAAACAUACUUC